AUGUUAUACCACUAUAACAGCAGUAUAUUUCACCCAACCACAUUUUUCCUUGUUGGAAUCCCAGGUCUGGAAAAGAUCCACGGCUGGCUCUCUCUGCCUUUCUGUUCUAUUUACCUUGUGGCUUUAAUGGGGAAUGCCACGAUUUUGAUAGUCAUCAAGACAGAGCAGGCCCUCCGAGAGCCCAUGUUCUACUUUCUGGCCAUCCUUUCAACAGUUGAUUUGGCUCUUUCUACCACCUCGGUGCCCCGCAUGCUGGGUAUCUUCUGGUUUGAUGCUCAUGAGAUUAGCUUUGGAGCUUGUGUGGCUCAGAUGUUUCUGAUCCACGCCUUCACCGGCAUGGAGGCUGAAGUCCUGAUGGCCAUGGCUUUUGACAGGUAUGUGGCCAUCUGUGCUCCACUACACUACACAACCAUCUUGACAUCUCGGGUGCUGGUGGGCAUUGGUUUCUGGAUUGUAAUUCGUCCAGCAUUGUUCUUACUUCCCUUGAUCUAUCUCAUCUACCGGCUGCCUUUUUGCCAUGCUCGCACCAUAGCCCAUUCCUACUGUGAGCAUAUGGGCAUUGCAAAGUUAUCCUGUGGAAAUAUUCGCAUAAACGCUAUCUACGGACUCUUUGUGGUCUCACUGUUUCUUUUGAAUCUUGUCCUUAUUGGCAUCUCCUAUGUGUACAUUCUCCGUGCUGUCUUCCACCUCCCGUCUCAGGCUGCCCGGGGAAAAGCCCUCAGCACGUGUGGCUCUCACGUCGCGGUUCUCUGUGUUUUCUAUAUCCCGUCAGUCUUCUCCUUCCUCACUCAUCGAUUUGGACACAGCAUUCCACACUACGUUCACAUUCUUGUUGCAAACCUCUAUUUGGUGAUUCCGCCUGUACUUAAUCCCAUCAUUUAUGGUGUGAGGACCAAACAGAUAAGAGAGCGAGUGCUCACUGUGCUGAAUAAAAGAUGA